GUUUUCAAAGGCGUAUUCGAGGCGCGACUUAAGGCGCGACUUGAGGCGAGGCGUACAGAAAACGCACAGAUGCGUUCUGUUUGGGGCGAGACCCCAGCUAUGCGUACGCGUCAAGAUCAGAGGCGUAAGCAUUUGUCGGGCUUCAUGCGCUUUUGACGCUUUCGAUAGCGAGGCGGAAGCCUUUGAAGAGUUCGAUUUCAAAAUUCAAAAAAGAGAAGAUAGAGCAGGUGAUGGAAAAAUUGCUAUAAAUUGACUUCGAUUCAAACAGAAAUUGCUCAAGAAUAAGUUAUAAAUACCAUGUAAGUCGAUCUUCAAAUCAGAGUCCAACAACUUCAAAUCAAUCGCCUAAUCUUCUUCAACGAACUAGGGUUUUCAAGUGCUACAGUUGAUAAGUUUGUGGGGAAAAAAAAAUGACUGAACCCAAAGGCCAAAGAAAAGAUUGUCUGGAAGUAUGUAAAAGAAGUUGAUGGGGAAAAGUAUUUUAGAUGUAAAUUUUGUGAUCAAACUUGUAGUGGUACUGUAAGUCGAUUUAAAAAUCAUCUAGCCGGCACACAUAAAGGCAUUAAACCGUGUUCAAAAGUUCCUGAAGAUGUAAAGUUGGAAUGCCAACACGCAUUAAAAAAUUUCUUUGAGCAAAAAAGUGCCCGUAAUGAGAUGCUAUAUGAAAUUGGGAUGGGUGCUGGAGCAAAGGGCGAGAGUGGUGCUUCUCAAUCUAUUGAAGGCGAUACUGGUAUGACACAAGCACCGAAACCGAGGGGUCCAAUGGAUAAAUUUGCUAGUUCUCAAGCACGACAAUCUACACUAAACUCCAAAUGGAAACAAGAAGAAAGAAAAGAUGUGUGUCGAAAGAUUGGGCGUUUUAUAUAUUGUAAAGCUCUUCCAUUUAAUUUAGUGAAUGAUCCGUAUUGGGUAGCUGCAGUUGAUGGAAUUGCAAAUUAUGGACCUGGUUUCAAAGCCCCUUCUAUGCAUGAAUUGAGAACUUGGAUUCUUAAAGCAGAAGUAGGGGAUAUAAAUGUUAUGAUGGAGGAACAUAAGAAAGCAUGGAAACAAUAUGGAUGCUCAAUUAUGUCUGAUGGCUGGACAGAUGGGAAAAGUAGAGUACUUAUUAAUUUUCUUGUGAAUAGCCCUGCUGGAACUUGGUUUUUAAAAUUAAUUGAUGCAUCUGAUACUAUAAAAAAUGGGGAGUUGAUGUUUAACUAUCUUGAUAGUGUCGUAGAUGAAAUUGGGGAAGAUAAUGCUGUUCAAGUUAUUACUGAUAAUGCUUCAAACUAUGUCAAUGCCGGGUCGAGACUUAUGGAGAAGAGGAAGAAGUUGUAUUAGACUCCAUGUGCUGCGCAUUGUAUUGAUUUAAUGUUGGAGGACAUUGGAAAAUUGAAAGUCUGUGACCAAACUCUCUCGUUAUCUAGGCAAGUGGUCAAGUUUAUAUAUGGACAUUGUUGGGUUCUUUCAAUGAUGAGAUCAUUUACAAAGAACAGUGAACUACUCCGUCCAGCAGUAACACGGUUUGCCACUGCUUAUCUUACUCUCCAAAGUCUUUACAAACAAAAGCAACCACUCCAAGCUAUGUUUUCUUCAGAAAAGUGGGCUUCUAGUAGUUGGGCAAGAAAGGUUGAAGGGGUAAAGGCUCGUGCAACUGUGUUGUUUGAUCCAAAAUUUUGGCCGAAUAUUGCUUUUUGUAUCAAAAGCACAAUACCUUUGGUUAGUGUUUUGCGAGAAGUUGAUUCAGAGGAAAGGCCUGCUAUGGUUUACAUUUAUGAGUUGAUGGAUUUGGCUAAAGAAAAGAUUGCUUUCAAUUGUGGAGGAAAUGUUAGGAAGUACGGACCAAUUUGGAAUAAGAUAGAUGCAAGGUGGACACCACAACUUCAUAGACCUUUACAUGCUGCUGGUUAUUAUCUAAACCCUCAAUUGCGCUAUCGAGAUUCGUUCUCCAAUGUUGAGGAGGUGAGGCAAGGAUUGUAUCAGUGCAUGGAUAGAAUGUUGAGUUAUGAUGAGCGUCUCAAGGCUGAUAUCCAAUUGGACUAUUAUGAUCAAGCAAAAGGGGAAUUCGGAAGUCGUGUUGCAAUUGAUUCCAGAGCGAUACGCUCUCCCGCUGAUUGGUGGAUUCGUUUUGGGAGCAAAACACCAGAGUUAACAAAAUUUGCUAUUCGAAUACUUAGUCUAACUUGUAGUGCUUCGGGAUGUGAGAGGAAUUGGAGCAUCUUUGAGUCGAUUCAUACAAAAAAGAGGAAUAGGCUUGAGCACAAACGUUUGAAUGCUUUGGUCUAUGUGAAGUACAACACUAAACUAAGAGAGAGGAGUAUUAGAAGAAGACAAAACAUCGAUCCAAUACUAAUUGAUGAAAUUGAUUCGGAUGAUGAAUGGAUUGCUGAAAAAGAAGAUCCUGUCCUCUCCCUUGAUGCUUCUUGGCUUGAUGAAGAAGAAUUGUUCGAUGCUGAAGCAAUUAGGACUGUGCCUAUCAUUACAUAUGAUAGAAGUGCAGAGAAUCGAUCAACUACGACUACAAUUAAUGUUGACUCAUCUUCGAAUGCGAAGAAAAGAAAAGUUGGUGAAGGUUCAAGAAAUGAUAGAGGAAAAGGCAAGGCAGCAAGAUGCACCCUUGCAGAUGAAGAUAUGGAGUCGGAAGAAGUUGGUGGAAUAGAUGAUGGAACCUAUCCCAUUAUAGAUAUAGCAGACGAAGAUGAUGACAAUAUUAAUGAGGAUGACUUAGAGUGA